AAUUGUCAAAUUUUAUCCAGAAGUCACGUAUCCCUCCUGACAACAACCAAAAAGAAAAAGAAAAAGAAAAAAGAAGUCACGUAUCCCUAUAAAUAGACCCCCGGGGCCUUGUUUCAUUCACAAAUCGUGUCUUGAAAUCAUCUUCUUCACAUAUUUUAACAAAGAAAAGAGCUCGUAAAAAUCUCGAAGAAAAUGGCAGCAGAAGAAGGACAAGUGACUGGUUGCCACAACCUACAGGAAUGGAAAGAUCAGUUCGACAAGGCCAAGGACUCCGGGAAGCUGGUGGUUGUGGAUUUCACCGCUUCAUGGUGUGGACCUUGCCGUUUCAUUGCCCCCGUUCUGGCAGAGUUUGCUAAGAAGAUGCCUCAUGUCAUCUUUCUUAAGGUCGAUGUUGAUGAACUUGAGGCUGUUUCCAAGGAAUAUGAAGUAGAGGCCAUGCCGACCUUUGUGUUCAUAAAAGAAGGGAUAAUUGUGGACAGGGUUGUGGGUGCAAAGAAAGACGAGUUGCUGAGCACCAUCGUCAAGCAUGCUGAUGCUUCAGUUGCAACUGCCAGUGCAUGAACUUCGUUCUCAAAGAGUUGUAAACUUUGAAGUAACUUUCAUUUCUGUUGUGUUGUGUUGAUCAUACUUUAGCCAUGGAUUACAUUAGUUUCCUGGUGGCAUAUGGAGUAAUGUGUUUGUGUACUUGUGAGUGUGUGUAUGAAUCCUGUCCUCAUGCUGUUGUUUGGUGACAAAGAUUUUUCUAUUAAGCGUCCCUGUUAAUAAACUUCUUCAGUUCUGUUAAA